CGCGCUCCCUUAGGUCAUGUCAAGGGGUCAGCUCGCGGGACUAUGAGGAGAGCUGUCACCGUCAUUCGUUUUUUCUAGGUAGUUGAUCCCUUUGGGUUGCUGUAGUCGGGUUGUAAAUUAGUUGUUCCAGUUCUGCGUUUAUCUGACGACGGAAUGGCGGAUUGGAAGAUGCCAGUGAGUUACAACUUCAACCCAUCUUAUCACGCAUAUGCUUAUGGGCUCAUGUACCCGCAAGUGUCUGAACACGGACACCCGAAUCUGAGCUGGGCCGAGGCCGCGUGCACUAACUCCGGCGGGGUCACCGCGACCUAUUACCCCGCUCAAACCGCACAGCAGUCGCCACCCUGGAGCCCGGAGAACGGCAGUGCCAGCAACUACGGCCAGUAUCCGAGCCACGCGCAGAACGGACGCCUCUUCCUCUCCUAUAAUAAGACUGAGCCCGAUCCGAAGGCGAAAGAUGCAGAGCAGGCCGGAAGCGAUACACCCAGUGAUUCAGAGGCCCAUACGCCAGAUUCCUGGAGCUCAGGCAGCAGUCGUGAGGGGGUUGCUCUGACCAACCUCAAUCUUCUCUCCUGGGGAGAGCGGGACUAUGAAACUGACAGUGGCAGUCCUGACGGGGGAGAACUGAUCUCGUCUGGCUCUGCAGCGAGAGAGGAGCCAGUGAGUCUGAAUCUGGGGGUGGAAGCCUUGCCUCCCCUGCCUGUUUUGACCACACCUCCAGCCCGACCUCCAACCCAGACCCGCAAGACCCGGGCUGCCUUCUCUGAUGAGCAGAUGAAUGCUCUCAUCCACCGGUUUAAUAUCCAGAGAUAUCUCACCCCUGCUGAGAUGAAGACACUUGCUGGAGCGACGGGACUAACGUACAAACAGGUGAAAACGUGGUUUCAAAACCGUAGGAUGAAACUCAAGAGGCAUCAAAGAGAUCGCAGCUGGAUGACGGAGAGAUACGUCAUCAGUGCUGUACCCAGCACACCAGCUCCUCACUCUCUGUUUCAGUCUGAAACCCCUCGGGCAACCCAAGACCCCUACAGUAACCCUCAGGUGAAAGAGUCUGUGUUCAAGAGGAGUCCUCCUCAAACACCCUUCUAUCCCAGCUACCCACAGCCACGCUCUCCUUCCCAAACCACCACGAGACCCCCGGGAAACUGGCCUCUGCCCCCAGCUGUGACGCACUAUGAGUUUCCCAACUCCGUUAGCUACAUGCAAGCGCGUGAUGGCAGCGAUGCCAUGAACAAAGCAGACAGCCCUACUCCAGUGCCACCCAUGCUUGGUGAUGCCCAGUGGACAACCAAAUGAGUGACUUUGCAGUGAGUCUGGCUGUGUGCGUGUACUCUAUUUUAGCCCCGCUGCCUUGGCUUUUACUAUAUUUGUAAAUAUAAUUUUUUUUUGCAACAAUGAAAUGGUUUUGUCAGUUGAGGCCAAAUGAGACCAGUCUCAAGAUUUGAGUUUUUUGUUUUUUUUUUUGUAAAAUUUUACCUUUUUAAUACACCGCAUGUUUUAAACCGGAGAUCUAUUUUUAUAACUUCAUUGUACCUUUCAGAUUAUUUAAUAUCUUGAUCCUUUGCUCUUCCAUGUGCUUUUUUUUUUUUGAUUUAGCCAGGACAAGUUGCUUUCUUUUUGAGCUCCAUGAAUUUGUAUAUGCAAGGCACUGCUCUAGAUCUGAUAUGGGAAAUGGUGGUCUGUACUGCACCGUUUUGUUUUGUGUAUUAAUUUCUCUGCAUUUCACUGUGAUCUGUGCUACAUUUGUGCAGUUUUCCUUUUUAUAUAUAAAAAAAAUAUGCAUGCUCAUCUGUGUUAAAGGAACAAUACUGAAUACAAACAAUAUUGUAAUUGCCACUGAUUUUAAGUUUGUACUUGCAAAGUUUUUUCACCCACAGAAACACUUGACCCAGUUGAGCAAUAAAUUUUAUAUGAAGUUCAACUUUA